AUCACCCCAGCAAAGGAUGGGAGACCAGUUGUUAUUGAGCUAACUGAUGCCAAGACAAAAGAAGUAAAGGAUACUUUGGAGCGAAAGCUUUAGUACAUCGUGCUAAAAGCUUUAGUGCAUUGUGCUGAGAAAAAAAAAAUGGUGAGAAGCGGAGAUGAUGAUCAAGAACGGGUAGGCGGGGACUCAACGGAGAAAGCGUUUGAGGACGAAUAUGUGCCUCCGUGGCAGAAACAAAUAACGUUGAGGGCGAUGGUGACCGGAUUGAUCUUGAGCGUUGUGUUCAACUUCAUUGUUUGCAAACUCAAUCUGACAACUGGUAUUAUCCCUUCUCUCAAUGUGGCUGCUGGUCUGUUGGGGUUCGCGGGGGUGAGAUCAUGGACGGCUGUUAUCGACAAGUGUGGCAUGUUGAAGCAGCCUUUUACUAGGCAAGAGAAUACCGUCAUACAGACGUGUGUCGUUGCUUCUUCUGGCAUUGCUUUUAGCAGCGGAACGGCUAGUUACAUGUUGGGAAUGAGUCCAUAUGUAGCAGCUCAGGCGGAUGCAGGAAAUACGCCGAAUAAUACUAAGAAGCUUGCUAUUAGUUGGAUGCUUCCUUAUCUUUUUGUCGUCAGCUUUGCCGGUUUAUUCUCGAUUGUCGCGCUGAGAAAGAUGAUGAUACUGAAGUACAAGUUGACAUAUCCGAGUGGAACUGCCACGGCAUAUCUGAUCAAUUGUUUCCACACACCUAAAGGAGCGAAGCUUGCAAAGAAGCAAGUUGGUUGGUUGUUCAAAUCGUUUGGGUGUAGCUUUAUAUUCGGGGCUGUUCAGUGGUUGGUUAAGCGUGAAGAAGAGUGCGGAUUUGAUAAAUUGCCUACAUUUGGUUCCAAAGCGUAUGCGAAAAGGUUCUACUUUGAUUUCUCACCAACAUAUAUUGGAGUUGGUAUGCUUUGCCCAUACAUGGUCAACAUAUCAUUGCUAAUUGGUGCUAUAAUCUCAUGGGCUAUCAUGUGGCCGAUGAUUGAAGCAAAGGAAGGUGAUUGGUACCCUGCCAACUUAGGAUCAAGCCUUCAUGGUAUCCAAGGAUACAGGGUAUUUAUCGCAAUUGCCACGAUGCUUGGUGAUGGUCUUUUCCAUUUUGGCUACAUGUUGGUGGUGACAAUCUUAAGUUUCAGAAAGAAGACGAGUCGUCAGAAAGAUUCUUCAGGUGAAGAAGGAGGAGAAGAAGGCGAUGAGGAGAAGGUAAGAAACGAAUACUUCUUGAAAGAUCGGAUUCCCAACUGGGCAGCUGUUGGAGGAUAUUGUGCUAUUAUAGUCAUAUCUAUGAUUGCUGUACCCUUUAUCUUCCACUCACUCAAAUGGUAUCACAUUUUGGUUGCCUAUUUAAUUGCUCCUAUUUUAGCCUUCUGUAAUUCUUAUGGAUCUGGCCUUACUGAUUGGUCCCUUGCCUCGAAUUACGGAAAAAUUGCAAUCCUUGCAUUUAGUAGUUGGGUUGGUUUGGAGAAUGGUGGAGUGAUUGCUGGACUUGCUUCAUGUGGUUUGAUGAUGAGCAUAGUAGACUCAGCUUCUGGCUUAAUGGGAGAUUUCAAGACUGGUUACCUAACCCUUGCAUCCCCGCGUUCCAUGUUCGUUAGCCAACUCAUUGGAACGGCCAUGGGCUGUAUCAUAACUCCUCCAAUCUUCUGGAUUUUCAACAGUGCCUAUAAGUUAGGUGAUCCAGAAGGUCCAUACCCUGCACCAUAUGGUCUCGUUUAUCGUGGAAUAGCCCUACUUGGCGUUGAAGGUUUUGGAAAUCUACCCAAAAAUUGCCUCAAGCUCUCUGUUUGGUUCUUUUUCGCUGCUGUUGUCAUCAACCUAUUGACUCAGCUGCUGAAGAAAUUUGAGACCAAGUAUAGAAUUUAUCGAUUCAUUCCAAGUCCAAUGUGCAUGGCCAUACCAUUUUACCUUGGAGGAUACUUUGCCAUUGACAUGUGUCUAGGGUCAUUGAUCCUAUUCGGUUGGCAAACGUAUAACAAGCAGAAAGCAAAAGAUUUUGGAUCUGCAUUGGCUUCUGGUCUAAUAUGUGGUAACUCAUUGUGGGGAAUUCCAGAAGCUGUUCUUGCUCUAGCUGGUGUGAAAGCUCCGUUUUGCAUGAAAGCAUAGUCGCAUAAUCGCUUUUAUCCCUUACUCCCAUGUUUUAGCGUCUUUUGAUUGUCUUUAACAGUCAAAAUAUGGUUAUUUUAGCGUAACGUGUUAUUUUUAAGGUGUGUUUUAAGGCGUGUUAUUGUUUAGUAGCAUUAAGACAAGUUGUGCUUCUGUGUAUACUUGUUGUUAUUGAAUUUAUAGAUGUAUUUUGCGUGUGUUUUUUUAAGAAAAAUUAGGCCUACAGGCCCCAUAUUAAAUUGUCCAUGAAGCAGAUGUCCACGUCCAGUCAUGGGCACGAAGCGGGGGUGUUAAGUCCCGCAUGUGGGAUGAGGUCACGGUGUUAUCAAAAGCCAAAAGCGCAAAAAUGCUCCGAGGUCCAUUGGCGCUUUAAGCGCAAAUAAAGCAUGGUCGUUAAUGAAAAAAGGUGCAAAUGGAGAAAAAUACAAAUACAUAUGUUUAGACCAAGACUACUAAUUGUAAAGCAUGCAUUACAAAUACACGGACAAAGAAUUUGAAAAAAAAAAAAUUAGGAUAAAGUAAAAUAUCAAUUAUUUUGAUGUCUCUGCUCAUUGGGAAGGAAAAGUAUGCCUUGGAGAACCUGGAUAACGACACUGAAGCCCACAUUAAGUGAGGCAAAGCGCUCAACACGUUUUAGGUGGGCAAUUGGCAACUCCGGAAGAGGAAAAUUUGGACUCCUUAUAUGGACCUGGGCGAUCAUCCCUUCAUGAGCUAGCUUUUGAGGUUGAGUUAGGUCCAACAGCCAUUUCUUUACAACUAUACUUGAUAAAAUAGAAUUGUGAUCUUUUUAUUAAUUUGCCAGUUUGUGGAAAAAAUUCGAGUGACCACUGUUUUCUUUUUAUAGGUUGAUGCAGCUCUAAUUGCAACUGGUAGAGCUCCCUUCACAGAAGGUCUAGGCCUGGA